AUGAUGGCCCAAGUUCCUAUCGAUCCAGGUCGUUCGAGGCGCAGCAAGGGAGGAUUAGAGACUUCCCUCACAUUCUCGCGCACUUCGGACGGCCAUCGCUUUCCGAAGUUACCUUCGUCGAAUGGGGCAAUCAACAGGACGGUCGAGGUCUUUUUCGCCCCCCACAAGAAUGCGCAAUGCUGCUGCUACUGCACGGUACUGUUGCCGCUGACGCCCGGCUCAGCCUGCAAUUGCGUGCGCAACCAACAGCGUACAUCCCUCCACCCUCCUUUCCAGCUCGUGUUCGAUCUUUCGAGCCCAAACUCUACCUACAGCGGACCAGUAAUGAGCUGUCUAUGA